AUGCCGCUCAAAGAUUUUUAUAGCACCAAGCAUGUCACGAAAACAUUCAUCAUUGAUCAUGAAUAUGAUUGUGUGGUUGUAGGAGCAGGUGGAGCAGGUCUUAGAGCUGCGUUUGGGCUUGCUGAAGCGGGUUUCAAUACUGCAUGUGUGUCUAAAUUAUUUCCAACAAGAUCUCACACUGUGGCCGCUCAAGGUGGUAUUAAUGCUGCUUUAGGAAAUAUGCAUGAUGAUGAUUGGCAUUGGCAUAUGUAUGAUACAGUUAAAGGCUCAGAUUGGCUAGGUGACCAAGACGCAAUCCAUUAUAUGACAAGAGAAGCCCCUGCUACAAUCUAUGAAUUGGAACAAUAUGGAGUCCCAUUUUCCAGAAAUCAAGAAGGUAGAAUAUAUCAAAGAGCUUUUGGUGGUCAAUCGAAGGAAUUUGGGAAAGGUGGUCAGGCUCAUAGAACUUGUGCAGUGGCAGAUAGAACUGGACAUGCGCUUUUGCAUUCUUUAUAUGGGCAAUCCUUAAGACAUGACUGCCACUUUUAUAUUGAAUUUUUUGCAAUGGAUUUAUUAAUGCAAGAUGGUGAAUGUGUCGGGAUUAUUGCAUAUAACCAAGAAGAUGGAACUUUGCAUAGAUUCAGAGCGCAUAAGACUAUUAUUGCUACUGGUGGUUAUGGAAGAGCUUAUUUCUCAUGUACAUCGGCUCAUACAUGUACUGGAGAUGGAUAUGCCAUGAUUUCUAGAGCAGGAUUACCUUUGGAAGAUUUGGAGUUCAUUCAAUUUCAUCCUUCAGGUAUUUAUGGUUCAGGAUGUUUAAUUACUGAAGGGGCUAGAGGUGAAGGUGGAUUUUUAAUUAAUUCAGAAGGUGAAAGAUUUAUGGAAAGAUAUGCACCAACAGCUAAGGAUUUAGCUUGUAGAGAUGUAGUUUCAAGAGCUAUAACAAUGGAAAUAAAUGAGGGUAGAGGUGUUGGACCAGAAAAAGAUCAUAUGUUUUUACAAUUAUCUCAUAUUCCAGCACCUGUAUUAAAAGAAAGGUUACCAGGUAUUUCAGAAACAGCUCAUAUUUUUGCAGGUGUUGAUGUUACUAAAGAACCAAUUCCAAUCUUACCAACUGUUCAUUACAACAUGGGUGGAAUUCCAACAAAUUGGAAAGGUGAAGUUUUGAAGAAAAAUGCUGAAGGUAAAGAUGAAAUUGUUCCAGGUUUAUUAGCUUGUGGUGAAGCUGCUUGUGCUUCUGUACACGGGGCAAAUAGAUUAGGUGCUAAUUCUUUGUUGGAUUUAGUAGUUUUCGGAAGAGCAGUUUCUCACACAAUCAGAGACACAUUGACACCAAAUACACCUUUCAAACCUAUGGACGCACAAUUAGGUAAAAAUUCGAUUUUAAAUUUACACUCACUUAGAAAUGCGAAUGGGUCUAAACCAACUGCUGAUUUGAGAUUAGAAAUGCAAAAGACAAUGCAAAAGGGUUGCGCAGUUUUUAGAACUCAAGAAACAUUAGAUGAAUGUAUUAAUCAUAUUAAUGAGAUAGACAAAAAUUUUAGCGAUAUUAAAACUUCGGAUAGAUCAAUGAUUUGGAAUUCGGAUUUGGUUGAAACCAUGGAAUUGCAAAACCUUUUAACUUGUGCUACUCAAACAGCUGCAUCUGCUGCUGCAAGAAAGGAAUCAAGAGGUGCUCAUGCUCGCGAAGAUUAUCCAAAUAGAGAUGAUAAAAAUUGGUGGAAACAUACAUUAUCUUACCAGCAAAAAUUUGGUGAUCCUGUACGUUUAGAUUAUAGAGAUGUCGUAAAGACAACCUUGGACGAAAGUGAAUGUGAGUCUGUGCCUCCUACCUUCACAAAUAAAUCAAAAUUAAAACAAUCUAUUAUGGCACCGCCAAAAGCUGAUUGGGACAAAUACGUAGCCCCAGCUGAAGAUGAUGAAAAAGAUCAAGAGAAAAUUACACCACUUUCUGAAAGUGAUAUACAAGUUUUAAAAACUUAUGGAGCAGCUCCAUAUGCAACAUCAAUAAAAACAAUUGAAAAAGAUUUGAAAGAUAUAGAGGAGAGAAUAAAAGAAAAUAUCGGAAUAAAAGAGAGUGAUACAGGUUUAUCGCCACCUCAUUUAUGGGAUGUAUUAGGAGACAAACAAAGAAUGUCAGAAGAACAAUCAUUGCAAGUCGCAAGAUGUACAAAAAUCAUAGAAGCAAUACAACAAGCAAUACCUACUUCAGGAUUACAAAAUGCGGACACUAAAUCAAAAUAUGUGAUAAAUAUAAAACAAAUUGCAAAAUUUGUAGUUGGAUUAGGGGAAAGAGUAUCACCAACAGAUAUUGAAGAAGGUAUGAGAGUUGGGGUUGAUAGACAUAAAUACGAAAUCCAAUUACCAUUACCACCAAGAAUCGAUCCUCUGGUUACAAUGAUGACGGUUGAAGAAAAACCCGAUGUUACAUAUUCUGAUGUUGGAGGUUGUAAAGAACAAAUUGAAAAAUUGAGAGAAGUUGUUGAAUUACCAUUGUUAAGCCCUGAAAGAUUUGUCAAAUUAGGUAUUGAUCCACCAAAAGGUAUCUUGCUAUAUGGACCACCAGGAACAGGGAAAACUUUAUGUGCAAGAGCUGUAGCGAAUAGAACUGACGCUACUUUUAUAAGAGUUAUUGGAUCAGAAUUAGUUCAAAAAUAUGUUGGAGAAGGUGCCAGAAUGGUUAGAGAAUUAUUUGAAAUGGCAAAAACUAAAAAGGCAUGUAUCAUAUUCUUUGAUGAAGUGGAUGCAAUUGGAGGUGCUAGAUUUGAUGAUGGAGCAGGUGGUGAUAAUGAAGUUCAAAGAACCAUGUUGGAAUUAAUUACUCAAUUAGAUGGUUUUGAUCCAAGAGGAAAUAUCAAAGUAAUGUUUGCUACAAAUAGACCAAAUACGUUAGACCCUGCGUUAUUGAGACCUGGUAGAAUAGAUCGUAAGGUUGAAUUUUCUUUACCAGAUUUAGAAGGAAGAGCUAACAUUUUCAGAAUUCAUUCAAAAACAAUGAGUUGUGAAAAAGAUAUAAGGUGGGAAUUAAUAGCGAGAUUAUGUCCAAAUGCUACAGGUGCAGAAUUAAGAUCUGUUUGUACUGAAGCUGGUAUGUUUGCCAUUAGAGCCAGAAGGAAAGUUGCAAAUGAAAAAGAUUUCUUAAAAGCUGUUGACAAGGUGAUAAAAGGUAAUUUGAAAUUCAGUUCAACAAGUGAAUAUAUGCAAUAUAAUUAA